CGAUUUCGUAACAGUGUCGUCUAGCCGCCUUCGUUGAAUGUCCGAUCCAGCAUUCUGGACACCUCCGGACUCACCGGAGUUUAGGGGGAUAGGUGCUAUAUUUUCUGAAGAUUUAGAUGCAGACCUGUUGACCGAAAUAGAUUUUGAUGUGCAACAACCAGCACCAUUUUUAGGGUUAUGUUGUGAUACAGUAGAUCCAAUCGAGUUUUUGUCACGUUUUGAAACGACCACAACCGUUGUUCAUUGGGCUGAUCCUCAAGAAAUUUUAUGCUUACUGAGAAACAAAUUAGUCUUGCUGAAGAAGUCCUCUUUUAAAUUCCAAAGUGAUUCUGCAGAUCUUAGGAACGAUGUUUCAUUCCUUCUAUUAGCACUAUGUUCCUCCGUAACGGAGACGGAGUUUGAAAAGAGUUCUGUCGUACCAUUAGUUGGCUGUGUCCGUUCAAUUUUGGGUUUCCUGGGACCACUAACGAGUUUGCUGGAAGCAAAGACAAACAAAAAUUUUAUUCACGCUCACCUGGAAAUAUGGUUGACAGUUCUGAAAAUCUUCAAUUUUCUCUGCAAUAGAGCGGAAUAUGUGGAACUCGUAAAUGAGACGCUUGGAUUAAAACCACAGAGUUCUCUGAACGCGUGCGGCUACUUUCUGGAUAUUGUGUUGGAGAAUUUAAUACUUUAUUCAGGAUUGACCAACUUUCAAAGGUGCUCAUGUGAUACAAUCUUAUGGGUUGUCAUAAUGCAUUUCGUAGAAAAGACUCAGAAAAACUGGUUCAAAUUUUUCCAUGGGAAAAUGAUCAAAUUGAGUGCUCAACAAAGAGCAGAAUUUUCUGAAUUCAAUACUUUAGAGUGUGUUCGUCCUAAUUUCAAGUCCUAUUUUCAAUCCUCAAGUUUAGAUAUUUCCCAUCAAUCUUCUCUGACUGUGUGGUCUUUGUAUUGGAAUGUACUUGCAUACACUACCCCCAUAUACAGUUUGUAUGCAGAUCAUGCAAAUCAGUCUAAGGUGGGUUUGGGGACACUACAGAAAUAUUCCGUUGUGGUCUGGUUGAUUCGUCAGCAGUUCUUAGGAGAGACUACUCCUAAUAAUAGCGAAGUUCACUUUUGCCUUACAAGUUUACUUCGUUUAUCUGAAACAUGCGGAAUAAAUUUAGAAGUAGUUCGGUCUUUAUGGUUGUAUUUCAAAAGUUGGCUAAGCACUGGAUUUGAUACUUCAAACAGAUCUUCAGGUUUACUUACACCUAGUAUGAGUUUCAGAUGUUGGUACAGUAAGGUAAAACCAGAGUGUGAGCUCAGACAAAAUUUCGUUAUGUUUUGUUUGCUUCUUCGGAGAUUAUCUCCAUCGGACGUUGAGGCGCUAUGUACGACCUUGAAAAUCCCACUGUUGUCACUGACUAAGCAAAGUAUUUCUCACUACUUUUUCAUAUGGGCUAAUUUAUUUGAGGAAGCCUUGGAUACAUUAUCAGUGAGCAUAGACAACAUGGAUAAUAAUAAAAUACGUUUAUUAUCCCUUGUUGACAACAUUGUUGAGAUAUCUUCUUCGUUAUUGGAAUCGAAUAAUGUCGCCCAAAAAUCAUUACAUAAUUGGGACUCGAAUCGCGGUUGUAUUCUUCUUCAAUGUUUGCAGUAUCUACUAGUUAUGUUUGAAGAAUAUGGAUGCUUGCAUUCGGAAUUACAUAUUUAUUUGCUUCGCUUGUUACCAGUUGUUGAGAAAAUUAAUGGCGUCAUUUUUUCCUUACGCCGUAGUCUAUCUCUGUCUAACGAGCUUCUUUCUACGGAAUCAGAAUUCGCUUUAACACGCCGUCCAGUAGCAUUCAAUCGAUUGUCUACUUCGAUUCGUAUUAGCGACUUCACAUCUAUCUCAAUUCAGUUUCUUGUCGAUCUUCUGGUUCCAAAUAAUUCCACUCAAGUUUCGCUACCUUCAGGUCGCACUUUCCUAAUCAUACAGUGUUUAGGCUCAUCAUAUUUUGAUUCAAUCAGCUGGCCUUUUGAUAUUAAGUGGAACGAAUGCGUCUUGCAAUUACUUGAAGCUGUAUGUUCGUUAGCAUACUCUGAAUCGAACUUGGAAGUGUUCAGUUUCUUUUGGAGUUCUGUUUAUCCUGCGUUUAAAAAGGCUAUUUCUAGACAGAGUACCAAAUUUGCUCCUAUACCUGUGAAUCUGUUAUCUAUCCUAUCCAAAAUUGCAUUAUAUUUCCUUCGUUUAUCCAAUAUAUGCUUUUCAUACAGGAGCGAACAUAAAUUGACCCUCUGUCUUCUUGAUCCCGCUGACCUAUUUGAUUUGUUUACAAUGAAUCCGUCUAUAGAUUUUUCGUUUCAUUUUAGUAUUAUGGAAGCAUUUUAUGGCACAUCUAGUGCAAUUAAAGAAUUGUUUACCAUUCUUAACUCAAGUAAAAAGGAAACUUCUACUGUUGCUUGGCUAUUCUUCGUCGCUUUACUAACGUAUUGUUUGUUUGUUAGAACUGUAAAUUCGUUUUCGACAGAGAGCCAUGACGAUUUCGUCUUUCCGUCUUUUAUCAGUGAAAUUCGAGCUUAUCUACCAAAGCAAAUAACCAUUUCAACAAUCUCAAAUUUAGAUCCUGAGACCAUUUUCAUUAUUAUAGCUGCUUAUUUUGAUGAACUCUCUACAUUUCAAGCUCGAAUGUCAUUCAAAUCUGUUUUUGUUGAAUAUAUUGGUCGAUUAAGUGAGUUUAUUUGUACAUGUUGCUCUGUGUCCAGUGUUGCACAGGAAAGUGGUUUUGGUUUGAGUCACAUGACACAGAGCAGUUUCUUAAAACCGGAGGAUUUGUGUGGAAGUGGUUAUCGAGUGGCAGGGAUGUUAGUUCGUCACUGUUCAAUGUUGCUUUAUUCUCCAGUCACUACCGAAGGCUCAGUAUCAAGCUUUGAGAACUUGGUGAAUCACUUUUUUCUUCCACGACAGUUAUACGAAACACAGGAUUCCAACAAAUUUUCUACUCUUAACGAAUCUGAUAUAUUUCCGUGUUAUGUUAUGGAGUCCAUGCAAGAGCAGCUACCUGAAUUUACACGCGGUAUCGCUCAAUUAAAUUGGAGGAGUGAUCCUUAUAUAUGUCGCAUAAUAAAAGACAUUGUCAAAAUACAUUAUAAACACUUUGGUCCAGGAGCUAUUGCUUCAAUGGUGCUUCAUAGCCCUACACUGGAUUUUCGGACUCAUAUUUUGCAGUUUGCCACUUACGAUCAAAUUACUUAUCUGACUGAAAGUAAAGUUUUGCCCGUUUCUGGUUGUGAACAAAUCACAUAUCAGCACAACAUUCUGUCUAAUGUAGGUCUCAAAGUUCUAUUUUUCAAAGCUUUGGUUUCAUAACUCACCAGUUUUCUCUACUUGACAUUGUCAUGUUAUUAUUCUUGAAUCAAUUAACAACUUGAACUUUUCUGAAAAUUCGAUCGUAUUCUAAAUGAUCUCGUUUAUUAAAUGAAGCGCCUUCAUGUACAUCUGCAAACUUGUCAGACUAGAAUAGGAUUCCCUUGCAUUUUCUUCAUUUGAAAACAGUAGUCAAAAGGCAAACAAGUUACAAUAGCAUUGUUUGCAGCAUGAUUAAUGGUUAGAUUCUGUGUAUUAUAUUUGAAUUGGCUACCUUAUAAUAAGACUAUCGCGGUAGGAGACAUUACUGUUCAUCUUUGAGCUAAAAUUAAUUUCUCGUGUGGGGACAAGUCAUGACUUGAAUAGAGGACACUUGAAGUUCUUAUUUUUAUAUACAAAAAUGACAAUUUCAAAAGGCUUUCGAACUCGAAAUAUUAGACAAGAAACAACAUUUUAGCUCGAUACCGUGUGUUAAUAAGAUAGAUGGUUUCCAUAUAAUUACUAACCUCAAUAAUUAACUCUCGUUACUCUGUUUUGGCUAAUGUUUUCUCAGAGAUCAGAUUAAUCUGUAUUUUCUCAACUUAAAUAUAAAGUUAAGGGCUUAGUAAUCCAAGGAUUUGUGAUUUUAAUAUUAUUUUCUUGCAACAUUCGCAGCUGACUCCAUUUCCAUAUUUAAGAUUAGGUUAAAUGAAUGUCAGUUUGUCCCUCAUAUAUCAACACAAAAUCUGUUUUAAGUUCGCUUUUCCGAGGACCGUAUGAGAUCUUUGACAGGUCUGUAUGAUGCCAGUGUCAUACUCUAGUCUUAAGGUAGCUUCAAAUCACUGGAUCCUCGUUAAGGUCGUUUAUACGCUCCCUUGUUGGGUUUAAUCAAAAUGGGAAAGAACUAGCGUAAUAAACUCUGUCGUUAUUGCCAAAUACUUUCUGACGGAUUGCAUCCAACAUCUAGUAGAGAAUGAAUAGAUUUGUAAAUUGAGUACGUUUCAAACUUGGUAUUUUUAUCUCAACUCUCCUUUACUAUUUCACUUCUAUUUUCAUUAGUUAUUUCACAGCUCCAAAUAGUUAUUCUAUUAAUAUAAUUUAUCAACAAUGUUGUAAAUAUCAUGACUUGUCUUUUAGCUUGAGGAAAGUUCAAUUGUAAUUAAUUAUUCUAUUGAGCGUAUCGUUUUAAAUCAGUUUCUUAUUACCAUCAUGUGUUGUUGCCACCAAUUUACUGAUUAAUAUUCUGUAUUAUUAGUGGUCGAAUAUGUUCUAUUACUAUGUAGUUAUUAUUUCACAUGCAUUUAUCCGAUUAUUAUUCGGAAUCGGAGUUACUAUAAAUAGUUUUUUCUCUCUUGAAUUAGUGGGUGAAUUUCGCAUAUGCAAUAUUCUCCAAUACUCAUUCAAGUGGUAUUUACCUGAGGUUAGUUUUUGAACUCUCUUCCAAACAUCUCCAUCCUUUAAGUGCAUCGCUUUUUUGUCAUUAGUGUAUAUGAUGUCGAUUACAUGAGACAGGACAUUUGGUACGUACUAAUAAGACAGAUAUACACGUUAGCAUGCUUUUUUAUUACGUAAAAGAACAACUAGCCAACACUACGGACAUACUUCCCGUACUCAAAUCUACUACCAUAUAUUUUAUGUUUCAUGGUAGCUAAAAAACCCAGUAGUGUGACAUCUCAUUGUUCAUAAGUCAUUUUACCAAGUACCCAAAAAUGAGCUGUCUUACAAUCAUGCAAUGACAACUAAUUUACUAUUCAUUACUGAACACUUUCAGUGUUGAGAAUAGAAAUUAGAGUGACUCGCAUAUCAUGUCGAGUUUACUAAUGCCCAAAGAUAAAUUUAUAGUUUAGAAGUUCUUUAAAACUCACUUUAGUAAUAGCUAAGGAGUCGUAAUUGACGGUGAAAAAAUCCAGGUAAUGUUACUAGUUCAAAUAUGAUAGAAGUAGCCCACUGGUCAGAGUAUCGAACUUCAUGUGGUCGGUGAGUUACAUUGUGAUCAUAAUUAUCAGAUCCCAUAAAUAAGUGUAAAUGAUAACUAAACUUUAUGAGAAAUUAAGGUGCCUGGCAAAAAUAUUUACUGGAAAUCAGUCUACUCAAACUGUUGUAUCUAUCACUCUGUAAAUUGAGUAAGUACUGUUAGAUAUAUUUUCUAAGGUUACCUAGUGGCGGAUAGUAUGCAUCCUAGUGCAACUAAGUGAUUUUCACUACUAAUUGUUAUGAUUUUCUUAUACGUUCCCUAAUCGACAACCAGUUAACAUUCCCCAACUAGAAUCUCGAUUAUAAUUCUUUCUCGUCUACAGACUAACGUCCCAUAGUUUAGAUAAAUGAAACACCUCAACUGACAACGAAUAACCUACUGGUCCACAACACACACCUGUUCUGUCUUUAUAUUUAGUCAGAAGUAAGAGGAUAUAUUGAAAGGCAAGCUUCUAUAAUCAUAUUUCAAUCACUCAGGUGAACUGCAGUCCGUUGUUUGAAAUCAAUAUGGGUGAUAUGGAAGGAUUUUAAUCCGGUUAUUUAAUAUACAAAAUAAAAAUAUGUAAUAAUAUUUCCUUAAAAUAGAUCCAAAGUUCAACAUUUUCUCGGUAUUUGAUUGUUUAUAACAGUACUGAAAGCUGCUUUUGAGUUUCGGCACCUUAGUAAUUUGUCUUUGCAUUAUUAGAUUUUCUAGUUGACACAGCAUAACUUGGGAUCAUUGCAUACAUCAAUAUCCAGACAUGUAGGGGUUUUUUGCUUUAUUUAUUGAGUGAACAUUUUCAGAAAUGUGAUAGUAUUCAUACAAUUGUGAAAUUACCUAUGUUCACCGCGUGUCAUGUCUUUUUUUUACAGUGAUGCUCCAUUUUUAGUUUGCCCUAUUCUAUUGUCAAACACCUUGGAAGAUUUAACUAGCGCAUUAAAUUCUGAUAGUCGCAAACACAGUAUACAUAUUCUUAAAAUGUAUAAAGAAGCAGUCGCAUCGGUGACUUGUAAGGAAACUAGAUCUCGUAUCUUCGAGCUCUGCUGUAACCUGGAUAAGAAAACCAUGAACCCUUCAUGCAAUCUUGUCGCAUAUUUUGGUCUAAAAUAGUAUCUCUUUCAGCCUGUUCACAUUAGUGAGAGACGAAUUGUGUGUAACGUUCGCUACAAAUGCUAUUGACUUUUAAUGAGAUUUUUAUACUCACUUUGUCUCAUUGAUUGUAUAGGAAUUAUAAAUUGGAUAUGUGUGGGAUUUCUUCGAGACUAAUGUUCUUUUUGUUACAAUUGUCUCUUCAUCCAGAAAUUUUUUCAAAAGGACCUAAACGCAAUAUUAUUCAAUUUUUAACAUUCUUGCUGUUAUUAUCGAGUACAACUAUACUCCAUCCUGUAAAAUUCCAUUUUCUGAACCAUCUUCAAAAUUUCGUCCUAUAUGGGACUGUGACUGUGACCUUGUAACUAAUCUGCAUAAAUGUUAGGGACAUUACCAACUUCACUACAUUUUUCAGUUUUCAUUAAUAAGUCCUCUUACUACAGUG